AUGCCAAAUUCAGACCGGAAAUCCGGUCUACGAAGAAGCGGUCGCUCUAGCUCGAAUCAUAUCAAUGGUAUCCACGGCGUCUUUAACGACUUCGACGGACGUUACCGGAAAUGUGGCGUGAAGACGCCGGAAGUGUGGCAUAAAGACGCCGGAAGUUCCAAACAAACCCGGAAAUUCCAAAUAAGGCACGCGAAAGUAUCUCCGCGGCCAGGAUCCGUGGGGCUCAUGUGAGAAGCGGGGCGGAGUCACGCCGCGGCGCGCUGAAGGUGACGUCACCCGUGCUCCCAGCAUCCUUUCUGCUGUAAGAUGGCGGCGUCUACCCACUUCCGGUAAAGCCGGUUGGAAGGGAAAGACUUUUUCGGUCGGCAUUAGCGAGGGGAAAAAGGCGACCCAAAACUGGUAAGCAGGAUUCUUGGUGUGCGCGGGGAGGAGGGGGCGGCGGUCCUCUUUCUCGGAACCGAAUGGGUCACUCAUGGCGUUUAUUUCAGACAUCAUGGCAGAGGACCCUGACGCCAUAACCCGGGGCUCUGACGUCAUCCCGGAGCGGGACAGAGGCGGGCUUCCAGUGGAGGGGGACGAAAAGGAGUUGUGCUGAGCGAGGCUUGUGGGAUGGCGUCAGCGUUCUUUCGCUUGCAAUAAUCAAUCAUGACCAUGCUUUGCGGGAUACAGAAUACAGUAUAUGCUUCAAGGCUGUCCUUCCCCACAAAGUUGUGCCUCUCCAGGGUUUCAGGCUGGGAAACAUUCCCCAUCUUUGCUUGGAGGUACUGGAUAUGAAGGCUUUGCAAAGCCGGUUCUCUGUCACUGAGCUGCAGCCUUUCCCCUGACAAAUAAAGCAAGUUUCCAGUCAUCAUGGUUCUGAUUAAAGGGCUUAUAUAAAUUUACGAGAAGCUGCCGUACAGUGAGAUGACGGUUGGCCCGUCUAGCUCAAUAUGGCUUACUGGUGGCUUCCCUCUAGGGUUUCAGAGAGGGGACCUUUCUGGCCAUCCAGGCAGGGACUGAACCUGCCACUGAGCUACAGCCCCUUCCAGAGGAACAGGGAAAGCUACCUCAUGCCAUAUUUGUCUGUUCAGUCCAGGAACUUGGAAACUGGUGCCAAUAAUAAUAAUGAUAAUUUAUUUAUACUCCGCCAAUCUGGCUGGGUUUCCCCAGCCACUCUGGGCAGCUUCCAACAAAAUAUUUAAAAAUACAAUAAAACAUCAAACAUUAAAAACUUCCCUAAACAGGGCUGCCUUCAGUUGUUUUCUAAAUGUCAGAUAUCUCCCUCCACAGGGUAGGCGCCACCACCGAGAAGGCCCUCUGCCUGGUUCUCUGUAACCUCAUAUCUUGCAGUGAGGGAACUGCCAGAAGGCCCUUCUUGGAGCUGGACCUCAGUGUCCAGGGCUGAACGAUGUGGGUGGAGACACUCUUUCAGGUAUACUGGGCUUUAAAGGUCAGCACCAACACUUUGAAAUGUGCUCGGAAAUGUACUGAUUUUGUUGGUCUCCAGCUCCCUGCAGCAAGCAUGGCCAUGAAUUAUGGGCAUUGUAGUUCAACAACGUCUAGAAGGUCAUGUGUCCCCCCCAGCCUUGAUCAGACCAUUAUUGUUUAUUCUGGCUUGCAUUGGUUCUCCAGAAACUCAACCAUGGGUCAUCCCCAUCAUCAGCUACCUGAUCCUUUUAACAGGAGGACUAAACCUGGGACCUUCUGCAGGCAAAGCACAUGUCCCUCCCUUACAGCUUGUGCUUACAUUUCUAAGAGGGCAGAGAACCUAGGAGGUUUAGGAGGGGAAUGGGGGUGGGAAUGAGAAGCACUCUCAGUCAGUUAUGAUGAACCAGUGGUUUGUGAUUUGCAACCAGAACCUCAUAGCUGACAAUAUGGUUUUGUUUUAAUUCACGGAGCGAAAGGGCAAUCUUGCCUAUACAGAGCUGUUUUGUGGUAUGAAUGUAGUAGUAGUAUCCAUCUGCCUUGAGAGACAAUGGAGUGCGCCUCUGGGGGUGAAGCCAAACUGCUGCAUGGUACCGCCUGGUGUUUCCUGACGAAUCAAUAUUUCCUGCUCUUCUUUUCACAGGAGUGCAGUAA